AUGAGUGACUUUUGGGACAAGAAUAAAGGAUCAAUCACUUCAGGAUUGAAGAGCGCAGGAAAGUACGGUUACCAGGGCACUAAGUAUAUUGCCAAGACCGGCUACAAGGCAGGUAAGAAGAACUUUAACAGCAGCAAGAAGGAUGGGCAUGGCAAGAAGGAAGGAGAGGAGGAGGAUGAAGACGAAGGCUACGCAAAACAUGACAACUACAGAAGCCACUACAGAGAUCCCUCGACUUUUCCACCGCCGCCGGUAAGAGGACCCUCAAGCCAACAAUAUCCGUCUUCAUAUCAGCAGCAACCUCCAUCUCAGCAGCAACCUCCAUCUCAGCAGCAAACUCUGCCUCAACAAUUACCUGCAUAUCAACAGCAACCUCAAUAUCAGCAACCUCAAUAUCAGCAACCUCAAUAUCAACAAACUGACCAGCAACCACCUCAGCCGCCUCCAAGGUCGAUAAGCAGCCAAGGAGCACAAGGCAUAUCUGUACCUGGCCCAGCAGCAACUACUGUGUCAUCCGGUGACAGCGUGGUGGUACCACAGAACUUUGAUUCUCAAGCCAGUCAAAUUACCACGGCGGCCGCAUCCCAUGCUUUGGCGGCUCCGGACAUGGAGCAUCGACCAGCACAUGAUUUACCUCCGCUAGCCGACAGUGCAAGACCGGCAUACGACAGGGCUGGAUUUCCCAGCCCGCCUUUGGCCGGCAGAGAGGCCCAAGCUAAUUUUACGUCUGCUACCAGCAUUGGUGGGCGCUCAGGAGCAUCGGUCCCCGAGGUGACGCCAUUCGAGUACGGUAGCUUAGAAGCUAGAACUUUGGCUUCACGUCUUCCAACAACUGCGGUUGAUCUGACGGCUUUACCGCCUCCGCCCACCCAUAAGGACAGGAGCACACCUGACCUUACAAGUGGCACCGCCAAUACCCCCAAACAGACGAAGUACCAAAUUAGGGAGUGUCCUUCGCCGGGAGGCGUUGAAUCAGUAGUCAAAUCUGGUCCGCCGGUUGAAAUUGGAACAGUCGGGACCGAGGCGCAAACCGCAAGGCCUUCGGCAGGAUCACCGCCGACAAUUCCAUCAAGACAAGCUGCACAGCAAAGCGCAAUGAGUUCUCAAGCAAAUCCUUCCUUUAUGGAAGAUACUUCUGCCAAGAAUACAGAUAAAGAGGCUCGCGGUAUUACCGGUAGAUUCGAUUACGAGGUGAAAGUUGACUAUGCUCCACCACCAAAGCCACACAGAGGCCCCCGGGAUGCGAGCUCAAAACCCAUCGCUAGAACGCCUGCCCCUUUGACACAAAAGGCGGAAUCUAACGAACCUUCCUCUGUCUCAUCUUCACCAGCGCUUCCAAAACGCCAGCUGACAAGUACUGCAGUAAAUUCUAACGGAACUUCAGUUACUUCGGGUACUACUUUUCAGCCCCCACCCAAGCCUUUCAGGCGGCCACAGGCCAGCCAGCAUUCAAGCUACUCCUCUACAUCUUCAUUUCCAACGGCAAUUAAAAGUGACGACGGACAACAAAGCAAAGACGUAUCGUCUUUCCCACCGCCACCCGUGCGAGCAAGGCCCUCUGCUCAGUCAGUUGUUCCAACCCAUGAUGAAGGUUGCAGUGGUGCACCACCAAUCAAUCCUAGAGGCCGCUUGCCCAGUGAGUUCCUGCCAACCGAGCGACAGCAUCCGAUUGAUGAAAGCACCGAUUCAAUAGCUGGUAGAAAGAAGGCGCCACCGCCUGCCGUUAAACCCAAGCCUAGAGGGCUAUUGAGCAGAAGCUCCACUGCUAUACCCCAUCCUGGUCGCGAAGAUCGUGAGCAAUCAAAUGCGCCUGAUGUCUCUGCCAUAACAGAUGAACUUGCUCAUGUAAGGUUGAGAAAAUCUGGUUCUAGUCUACUGCAUAACGAUACGGUGGGGGAUAGCAAGGAGCGCGAUCAGCCCACGAGGAGCACCAUCCGUCCAGCUGUUCCUCCUAAGAGAUCAUCAUUGAAACAUGUUCCUCCCGUUUCAACGAAAACGUCGUCCGACAAGGCCAGCACAAACGGCAGCGGUCAAACAGACCCGGCGAAUCCAUUUGAACUCUACCUCAAAGACGCGGUACCCUCCGAAGAGAACCGCUUUCAUAAGUAG